CUGUCAGUCAGCAUCGAUCGACAUUUUCUUUUUCUGCUGCACAGUGCUGCAUGAAGUAAAUAGAAAAUCCGAUUUUUGCGUCAGUAAAGUUUUGUGUUUCCCGAGUUUUUCCGCAUUUUCAGGAGUGCGAUCUCAGUGACCCGUAGUGCGUGAUCCGGUGGGCGACACGAUGUCGCUAUCCAGCAUACUUCCAGCUCCGUCCAAUCCCAUCUGGGAUCGCGACGACGAACGUAAACAUGUCGCCAAGGGUACCCCUUCGAUGGGUGCCCUUGUCAGUGCCAAAAUCGCAGCCCCUCCCUAUGGCCAGCGGAAAGGAUGGGUUCCCCGAACGGAGGCUGACUUUGGUGACGGAGGUGCCUUCCCGGAGAUUCACGUAGCUCAGUAUCCCCUCGGGCUGGGCGCUCCCGGAAAUGCGAACAAGAAAUCGAACGCCCUGGCCGUACAGCUGGAUCAAAGUGGUAAGGUAAAGUAUGAUGCCAUCGCGAGGCAGGGCCAUUCCAAGGAUAAAAUUGUGUACUCGAAUAUCAACCAACUGCUGCCAGCGGAAGUUUUGGCAGAGGACGCAGAAGAGUUGCGAAUGCCCGAUCAGGAAGCCAUCGAUGAAAUUACGGAAAACACCAGAAAGGCACUGGAGAAGCUGACGAAUCAGAAGAUUGUGUCGGCCAUGCCCGUAAGAGCUGCGGAAAAGCAAGGCCCCGCACAGUACAUUCGAUACACACCAUCUCAACAGGGAGAUGCCUUCAACUCAGGCGCUAAACAACGGGUCAUUCGUAUGGUGGAGGCACAAGUAGAUCCGAUGGAACCGCCACGAUUCCGAAUCAAUAAAAAGAUCCCACGGGGGCCACCUUCCCCUCCGGCUCCAGUUUUGCAUUCUCCAACUAGAAAAGUAACAGUGAAGGAACAACGGGAAUGGAAAGUUCCUCCGUGCAUUUCCAACUGGAAGAACGCCAAGGGUUACACAAUUCCGCUGGACAAACGUCUGGCUGCUGAUGGCCGUGGGCUGCAGCAGGUCCAUAUAAACGAGAAGUUUGCUAAAAUGGCCGAAGCGCUGUACAUUGCUGACCGGAAGGCUCGAGAAGCUGUCGAAGCCCGUGCCCAAUUGGAGAAGAAACUCGCCCAAAAGGAGAAGGAAAAGAAGGAAGAUAUGUUGCGGCAAAUGGCUCAGCGUGCCCGUGAGGAACGUGCGGGAAUUCGCCAUCCGGGUGAAGCCGCUGCCGGAAGUGGUGCCGAUUUGAAUUUGAUUCCGGCAGAUCUACGCGAACGUGACGAAAUUCGAGCCGAACGCCAUCGGGAGCGCGCUCGCGAUAGGAAUUUGGCUCGCGCGGCUCCGGAUAAGCGCUCAAAGUUACAACGGGAGCGGGAGCGUGACAUCUCCGAACAAAUCGCCCUGGGAAUGCCAGCCAAGACGUCGCUCUCCGGAGAGGCACAGUUCGAUCAACGACUGUUCAACACAUCCAAAGGAAUGGACUCUGGAUAUGGGGACGACGAAGCUUACAAUGUGUACGACAAGCCGUGGCGCGAAGCUGGAACGUUGGGUACGCAUCUGUACCGGCCGAGCAAGGCGUUGGAUAACGACAACUAUGGGGCGGAUUUGGAUCAAAUUAUGAGCACGCAGCGUUUCGUGCCCGAUAAGGAGUUCAGUGGAACGGAUCGUUCGGCUCAGGCCGCCCGCCAGGGACCGGUGCAGUUCGAGAAGGAGGAGGAUCCGUUCGGUUUGGAUCAGUUCUUGAACAUGGCCAAGAAAGCACCGAAGCGCAAGGAGGAUGCGAUGGCCGGUGGGAGCGGCAGUAGCAAUCGCGACAAAGAUCGCAAAAAACGUCGAGAUUAACGAGGUUUGGUAUUGCUUUUCACUAAUUUUAAGAUUUUUCCUGUCACCAUUUGGAUCCAUUUGAAAAAAAAAAUUACGUUUUUCUGUAUUUAGAGGCAGAAUGAAAUGAAAUAUUUGAAACAUUUUACCAACUGGGUAGAAUAAAUGUAAUGGUUUUUAGACAAUUA